CGACCCAAAGGUAUCAUUGAGAUGUUCCAUCAUACACCCCCACUCACAUAACUGUGUGUUUGAAAUCUGGUGGUGCGUGUGCAAACCUGCUCAAACUAUGCAAUCACCACCCACUCUCCCUUUCUUGUCUUCACUUGCAAACAGUUCUCUGCCUGCCCAAAAACUAUCCAGACAAUUGAGUUUUUUGGAAAUUUGAUUCCUUACAAAAGCAAAAAAUGUACUGAGGAAAUGUACUGUUUAAUUUUUGGAGCUCUGACAUUUAAAACUACAUUUACUAUUGUAUUACACACAACUACAGUCAAACAUGUUCAAGAAUGUAAGGGUUAUGGACUACACAUGUAAUGGUAAUGGUAGUUAUGGACUGCACACCUAAAAUGACCCACUGUGACAUACAGAUAGGACUCUUGCUGUUAGCAAGCCAGAUGACACACAGGUUUGAUGAUCUUCAUUUUGUUGCAACUGAGCUCUUACCACAACAAAAUAACGUGGUCUGAUUGCCCUACACACUGAUAUAAUGGGCACGCCAAUAUGCUGUUGUGUUUAUGAGAUGUGGAUACACUGCCCAAUUCCUAGAGGGCAUUUCUGGUCCCUUAAGAGCAAGGCUUUUUUUAAAGAGGCAUGCUGCUUUGCUGUCCCUAAGGCCAACCCUCUCAGGGAUAUAAAAACACAAGACAUGUCAUAAUAAACCUUUUUGGCUCAAACUCAUAGAGCAAAAAAGGUUUGCUAUUGGCAAUGUGAAAAAUGGUUGUAAAUGUUGUAACAAAAUAAGUAACUAAGGUCUUUUUCUCUCUCUCGCUCCUUUUAUUCGUUGUGCUAUGAACAUCUGUGAAGAAAUGGAGACUUUCAGCUCCAAGAACAUGGCCAUGAAGGCCCAGAAAAAGAUCCUAAGUCAAAUGGCCAGUAAGUCAAUGGCGCAGAUGUUCAUCGAUGACACCAGCAGCGAGAUCCUAGAUGAGCUCUACCGCGUCUCAAAGGAGUACAGCGGGAACAAGACAGAGGCUCAGAAGGUCAUCAAGGACCUCGUCAAGAUUGCCGUGAAGAUUGGCGUACUCUUCCACCAUAACCGUUUCACUCCAGAGGAACUAGCCCUAGCCCAGAACUUCAAGAAGAAGCUGCAACAAGGUGCCAUGACUGCUAUAAGCUUCCAUGAGGUGGAGUUCACCUUUGAGAAAUCUGUGAUUUCAGAGAUCCUCAUUAAGUGCCGGGACCUGCUUCUGAAGCUUGUGGAAAAACACCUCACGCCAAAGUCGCACGGGCGCAUCAACCACGUCUUCAACCAUUACUCUGACACUGAGCUGCUGACACAACUCUACAAUCCUGACGGCCCUUUCAAAACCCGCCUCACAAACAUCUGCAAGGGCCUAAACAAAAUGUUGGAAGACGGCACGUUAUGAGAAUGCCAGAUCACAGAAAGACUCUUCUUAUGCAGUGUUUUUACAGGCAACAGCUGUGCACUGAAACAGGCCACGUUGCAGGAAGACAAAACAUCCUUGCUCAGAUGACCACCUAUGACAACAGAGCCUAGUCUGUGUAUGUGUAUUGGCUUUGGUGUAAAGUAAUGUAUGUACAUAUAUACAUAUUCAAUAAUCAAAUCUAACUACUGAAAUAACUGUCAGAAAAAAGGUCCCCAUUGGAAGAUAAACCUUUUAAGCUGAGGUUUUAAACUAUAUAAAUCUCUGUUGUUUGUUUGCUUGGUCUUCGUACACACUGGAAUCUCCGUCCUCCACUUACCACAUGGAGGCUAUUUACAAUUAGCUUUCGAAAUAGAAAGAAUUCUUGCGGCCCAUUCUAAAUAUAUAUAUGAGCUCCUUACUGUAAUUAUAUAAGUGACAACUGACAUUAUGAAAUCAAAGACAAAAUAUAUGAAAUACAAAAUUACCAGUUACAUUCACACAGACAUGAUUGGAACUGGAAAACAUGUAAUCGGUAUGAACCUACACUGCCAUCUAGUGCUAGGCGUUAACACUGCAUAGCCUCUCAGAACUGAGUCCAGCCUUCCAUGUUAAUCCACACCUUCAAACUGUCAUGUCCUCUAAGAAUCCACAAAUGUUGCCGCUUUCCUUCAGAACAAUAGCUCCUGACAUGACACUGGCAAACAGUCCACUUGCAAUGUCAAGGUCACUACUUCCAAUACAACAUUUUAAACUGAACUCACUGUAACUUGGUUCUCCUGAAACAAAAUGGGUCUACAACACAGAACUGUUGAACAGCACUGUCAGCAAACCUAUAAACAAAUGGAAAUGAAUUGAGGAUGAACAUUUGACCUAGUAGUACACAUAAAACUUUGAAAUAAAUUAUCAAUGUUUCUCCAUU